GCUCAAAUAUUGACUUCGCGAUUGUGCGUGGUGUCGCAAGCGAGUCGUGCAGUAGACGGCGAUGCUCUUUUAAAAAGCGAGUUCUUGCGAGUGAUAAGUCAAGUGCUGUCGAUUGAAGAAUUGGUAAUCGGAAUAUCCUGGAAACAGGAAAUAAAGAAGAUGUUACUAGCGGCUAGUGCUGUGUUUUUUGGAUUGACCCUCGGUCUCUCCCACGCGAGUAACUCAGCACUCGAGUCGACACCGAGCUCUUUCAACAAUCAUGGAGCUCCCCGAUUGGAUUUGGAUAGUCCAGAAAGCGGAUACCACGGCUUGGUGAAGGAAAAUGAAACUUUGGUCGAGGUCACACCACAAAUACGAGCUAUAGGUGCUAAAGUCUGCUCCUUCCGUAUCGCGAAUAAACACCAUGGCGAAGCGCCCUUCGAGAUUGUUUUGAAAGAGAAAGGAAUGGCAGAACUCAGGGCGCUACGAGUUCUGAACUGCGAGAAACGGCGUAAUUACAAGUUUGAUAUCGAAGCUGUUGGCUGCAACGGAUCAUUAUCGGAAAACGCCACGGUGCAUAUUACUGUAGUGGACGUGAAUGAAUACGCACCACAGUUUCUACAACCGGCCUAUGUCAGUACCGUGGACGAAGGACGCCUAUACGAAGAAGUGGUUCGUGUCGAGGCGUCCGACAGAGAUUGUACCCCAAAAUUCGGUGAUGUAUGCAAGUAUGAAAUUUUGACAGCCGAUCAACCGUUCAUCAUCGACAAUGAAGGAGCGAUACGCAACACCGAGCCGUUGGAUUACGAGCGAUCUCAUAAUUACAUCUUGAGCGUGGUAGCGUACGAUUGUGGUAUGAAGCAAUCCGCGCCAGCUAUGGUCACCGUUAAGGUCAAUCGUGUUUGCGCGCCUGGCUGGAGAGGGAUUCCAGAAAGAGUGGAUUAUGCCGCUGGUGUGGGCUCUCAACCUUUGCUUCCUUCCGCAAGGCUGGAUCUUUGCGAUGCUCCCUGCAUAUUACGCAAUGUUCGAGCCACUUUGACUCUCGCCACGGACCAUAUAGGGAAAGGUUGUGAUCGCGAUACAUACGGCGUGCGCAGCCAACGUAAGUUGUGCGGUGCAUCUCGCGAUAGCGUAGAUUUAUUGCCAACGCCCGGGCCUACUACUUCCUGGACGGCAUCUUUGUCCCGAGACGAAGGGAGAGAGGCGGACGAAAUUUUCGAGUUCGAUGGGGUAGAUUCCGCUGCUAUUGUGCCCAAUGAUGUGCUCGAGCACACUCUAGCACAGAAAUUUACGAUUGGAGUUUGGGUGAAACAUCGACCUCGUCCUAGACAAGAUCCUCACGUUAAAGAGCAUAUUUUGUGCGCUGCCGAUGAUCACAAAAUGAAUAGACAUCAUUAUGCCCUGUUUAUUAGAAACUGCAGACUGAUUUUACUACUUAGACGCGAUUUCUCAGAGGGUGAUCCUAAUAUCUUCCGGCCUGCCGAAUGGCGUUGGAAAUUAAGCCAAGUAUGCGACGAUAAGUGGCAUCAUUAUGCCGUUCAAGUCGAAUUUCCCCACGUGACGUUGUUCGUUGACGGGGAAGAAUGGCACACGGAUGAGAAGAAUCCCGAAGUUAUCGACGAUUGGCCACUUCACCCUGCGAAAGGUGUUAACACGACACUCGUUGUCGGUGCGUGUUGGCAAGGUUCCGACAACAAGACGAAACAUCAUUUCCGUGGCUAUCUGGCUGGAUUAUCGGUACUAGUUGGAAGGACCGAGAAACCGGACGUGUUGUCCUGUUUGCGCCGUUGCCAGGAAGGUAUCCACGUUCCAUCGAUGGAUUUGCUCCAACCAGGGACCCAAUUGCUCACCAAUUCCGACCUAACAGAGGUACGAAUCGAUGGAGAUAACCGUACUAACGUCGAAACGCUUCUCCGUCGCAUAGGUUAUUCCAAUUCGAGACGAUUCCCAACUCCGGGCCGUCGUAACUUCCGUUUAGAAACCACGAUCGUCUGCGAGGGCAGUGAAAACAAUCCCCUCCCGGUACCAACCGUUCAAUCGUACGUCACAGUUCUACCACCGCCCCGUCCCGGUAUUACUGUCAAUGGUACUGGUUACGUGGCCAGGGAAUACGCAGAUUUUCGCCUAGGUGUACGCGUAUUUCCAGACACUCGUGUCACUGCCGGCUCUGCUGCCAGAUUAGACGCAUGCGCGGUCAGCGUUUACCCGAGUCUCAAUCCCGAUCACGAAAGUUUAGGUUUGCCGGGCGACGCUCUGCGCAGAUUCCGCUCCAUCACCGCGCGUGUAGAUCGGGAUGGUGUUGUUCUCUCAGGCGCUGACACGCCUUAUAAUUAUCAGCAAUUGAUACGUCUUAUAAUGUACACAAAUCGGAAGCCAGCUUAUUAUCUCGACCGUGUGUUUAAAUUGACUUGUUCCGAGCUUAGCGGCCGUUUCGCGAGCAACGAAUACGUACAAACGCUGGCCGUUAUUCAUCCGAAAGAGAAAACUACCGUUCUCCCCCACUCCACCCCCGACGAACCACCGAUUGCAAGAAUUUUGGAACCAGCGCCUGGCCACGUGCAAUUGUCUCCUCAUCACGCGGAUUUGCCCGAGGAAUACGCAACGGCUGCGCUUCGCGAAGGAAAUAGAAGCGUCGGAGGCGCGACCAGCAGUCAUGCAGUCACGAUUGUUGCGGUCGCCUGCAUCUGUUUCUUGGUUUUGAUGGCGGUGGUAGGAGCAGCAAGAGUUAGAGGAGCUGCGAAAAGACGACCAUCCGCUGGAGAUGAAUUGGCUGCUGAAACUGAAAUGGCUUGGGACGAUUCUGCGCUUGCUAUCACGGUGAAUCCGAUGGAAAGGCUCACGGAGCAUGAUCCUCAUCAUCAAAGUCAGAGAGACGAGGAUGUGGAUGAUUCAGGAAGUUCAGACUCGGAAGAUGGAUCGUACAGAGAUGAUGAUUUAGACAGUUCUGAUUGCGAGAAUGAUUGCGAGAUAAACAACGGGCGACAUCGCCGUCACACUUCACCCCACGAUUUGGAAUGGGAUCAUCGUGAUGUCUAAAUUAUAUUAUCCCUCUGCAUUCAUCCCCUUUCUUCAUAUAUGGUGAUUAAGCGGAGUACUAACUUAUAUUGUUUUUCGUUUAAUGAUCCCUUUCAAGUAAUAAUUAUUGCUUCUUUUUUAAUGACGCUUCGUAAUGCAUUGCAGAAUGUUCACGUUGUUCUAAGGCGAGCUCUCGAUUAUAUGAAUUAUACUUCCAACUAUUUUCAUAAUAUUCGUGAAUUAAAACUUUUUGGAACUUCGAUGCGUCUUUCGAGGAACGAUAUUAACAUUUUCCGGUAAUUAAUCCGAUAUUCCUAUGAAUAAAAUACGAAAGCGUCGUAUUAUAUCCGUCCCCAUAGAUGAAUGACAUAUUGGUAAUUGUAAAAUGUUAAUAAUUAGUAGUUAGUACUCUCCUUAAAAGCCAACAAAAUUUGUAAGAGAGUGCGGGACGCUUUAUUGAAUAGUUAAAACACUUUUUAUCUACAACAUGCCAUAAUGUUGAUAGAUGAAAAAUACACGUGGAAGAUACUUAAGUUUACUGGGAAGUUCUCGGUAAAUAUUGGAAGCAAUUAAUUUAUAUUUGACUCAUUAUUAAUUAUUAUUAUUAUUAUUAUAAUUAUAAUUAUUAUUAUAAUUAUUAUUAUUAUUAUUAUUAUCAUUAUUAUUAUUAUUAUUAUAAUUAUUAUUGCUAUUAUUAUCAUUAUUAUUUUUAUUAUUAAUAGUAAUAGGAUGAGGGAACUUUUUAUACUCUUAAUUAUCUUCUCCUCCUUUUAUUCUAUUUUAUUCUAUUCCACUAUUACCUGUUAUAAAUAUUUACUAACGCUGAUUAUUAUAUAUAUUGCUAUUAUAUAUAUAUAUAUUUGAAUAUAAUUUCCUUUGAUACACAGGACAGCCCGAUAACGUAAUCUGACUGUUAUCUAAUUGAAUAUGUAUAUUUUACUCUUUUUUAUCUAUAAACUAAACAUUUUAACUCGACAUUUGAUCUCAUAAGUAUAUAUAUAAUCUAUAUUUUUUUCAUAACGAUCAAGUCUUUCAUAUUCGACUAAACUAAGUAUUUAAAAAUUGUACAUGCCCAUUUUAUUAUUAGUAUGCUAUCAAUGAAAUGAAUAAACAAUAAAAAAAAAAUAAUAAUAUAUAUACACACAUAUAUAUAUUUCUAAUCUGUAGCACGUAAAAUCGGGCUGAGCCUAGGCCAUCGUAUGAUACUUGCCCAAUUUUCCACUUUAUUUUUAAGUAAAGAGAAGAAAAAAAAAAAAAGAAAGAAAAACCUCUAAUAUAAUUUGCACAAUGUUCCUUCCUAAUCAAUCUACAGAAAAAAAAAAAAAAAAUAAAUAAAAGAAAAAAAAAACUCUUAGCUCUUAGUAAGGACAUUGCCGCGCAUCUUAUGAUAGUGCUUCACCAUUAAGUACGGUAUAAUAUCAUAUCCGUAUACAUGUGUGCGCAUGCAUAUAGAUUUGUAUGCAAGUUCAUUGCGUACAUACAGACUGUAUGGAGUACAUGUGUAUGUGCAUGAAAAAGAAAAAAAAGAGAAAAUAAUAAUAAUUAAAAAAAAAGAAAAAAGAAAAAAAAAACAUGUGUACUUACAUAUACAUACAGCGUCCGAUCAUUAUUCUGUGGUGAGGAGCGCGCCUCCAUUUAUACAAUGGGGUACAAUUUAUUUAUUGAAAAAUAAUGCGCAGCAAUUCGACCAGCGAAGGAUAUCGUUUGUUAUUUUUUUAAAGGAUUAUCGUGCAAUCGUACUCGUUUCAUAGAGAAACUGAUUUUUAUGUGCCUUUACGCGACUAGUAUGUUGAAUUCUACUCUAUAUUUUAAUAGCGAACACUCAAACUGAUUUCCUAUCAGUAUCUAUCGCAUGUUAGGCGUACCACUCGAGGAACAUCUCGAAUGCAAACUGCUCUACUGUUGUUGUAUUUUUAAAACAUUAACUAUUAUAACGGCAUAGGUAUUAAGGGACAGAUGCGUGAGAAAAAUGUCGCACGUUCGUUGAUACGUGAACUAACUUGCGCGUUCAUUACAAAAAAAAAAAAGAAAAAAGAAAAAAAAAAACAAGAAAAUCGGGAUGUGUCAUACCGUGUAUUAAGCGAAAAUGUGUAUUCUAUUGUUUUGUAUUGAAAGGGAAAUAUGUAUUUCUAGCUGGUGAGCAAGUAUUAUAGUUCACUGUAUCAUUCGAAUGUAUGCCUCGUACGUGCAAUGAUCCGCAGGGUAUUAAUUAUCGACGAAUGAUCUCGUUAAAUAACUGCGCAUUGAUACUCGCUACGAAGUAAUGAGAGGAUUUUGUGUAUGUAUCUAUGUAUUUAGAAUUAUAUCGACCGAUCGAAUAUUUAGUAUUGAAAGUUUGUGUACGGAUAUCUAUAUUCAUAGAAACUAUAUGAACAAUUUAUUUUUCCAACGAGCAUAUCAUAUCAUUUUUAUAAGAGAUUUGUCAAAAGUUUAAAAACUUUUUCGUAAAGGGCUCCUAUAUAGCAACUCAUUAUCGUGACGUUACUUGCCAUAAUCGUGAUUCGUUUCUAUCAUCUUUAUUUAUAUAUAAAAAAAAAAAAAAGAAAAUUUCUUUUUUUUUUUUUUUUUUUUUUUUCGUUUUCAUUUUACUUUUCUUUUAAUUAUGUUAAGAUAAAGAAUAAGUGCGUUAUUUAUAUAUACAUUUUCUUUCCAUUUGAUCGAGGAAGAAGAAAAUGGCGCGAUUAAGUAUUCGAAGUGUAAUAAAAGAAACAAAAAAAAAAAAAAAAUAAUAAAUAAUAAUAAUGGUGGCUAAAAGCGAAGGAAACAAUAUUAUGCUGCUAUUUAUUUUAUUUAAUUCUUUUUUUUUUUUUUAUAACAGCGCACAUGCGACACACGUGUAUGCGCAUCUCAAAUUUUCUCUGUAAAUUUCCACGUGAAUAAUCGAAAUCAAUCAAUAAUAUUGAAAAAUUUAUAAAUCUCUCAUCUAAUUUACAAUUUUUAGUUUGUUUAGUUAUUGCAAAUGCAAUUCAAUUAUUUUUAAAUGUAUAAAUUUAAAUAGUAUAAUAUUCGGGAAAUAAUUAUGUUUACAAUUGCAUAUGAAUUUCUCUUUUUAUGGGGCUAUAAAUUCUUUACAUACAUAUACAUAUAUACAUCGGGGAUCAUAGAAUUUAUCAUGAAUCAUAAGAAAAAAAAAAAAAAAAAAAAAAGAAGAAAUUUGAUUGACCGAUUCCUUCUUCGAUCGCACAACACAACCCUCCACAGACCUUUUCUUGAGUCUUUUACACGGCAUAAGUAUAAAAUUUAACAACUGCACAAAGGAUUAAAAUGCUGACUUUCGCAAUAUUAGAAACGCGAGAAUUCAAAUCGCAAUGUAUUCUGUACUGGAAGUCAACGAAGAAUAUCCGUCGACAACUCGACUCGAGUACAGAAAGGGAGCAUUUUUUUUGUUAUCCGGUCUAAACGAGCCAUUUGGAGCAAGAUGAUAUGUAUAUGUAUAUCAAAAAGACUCGUUUUUCUCGGCUGCUAGCGAAAAAAUAUUCAUAAGAGAGAACGACACCAUUGCAACCUAACUAGGUGUAAACACGCCUGUUCUAAAGAUGUACUUAAUUAUAUUAAUUGUAUGGAGAAAAGAAAAAAAGAAAAAAAGAGAAAAAAUGGAACUACACAGAACAAAACCAACUAGAUGAUACUAUUAUAAUAUAUAUUAUACAUAAAAAUAUAUCUAAGCUGUUUGCAAAUGAUGAUUUAAGAGAUGAAAGGAGGAAAAAAAAGAAAGAAAAAAAGAUGGUAUGAAUUUGUAAUGUAUUAUUGUAUUUUGUAGGCAGCUAGUGUACGUAUACAUAUGCACAUGUAUCCGUGUAUGUAUGUUUACGUAUAUAAAUAUACAUACUCUUUGACAUUUACACGUACCAUUCGCCUAAAUAGUCUACAGAAUAUUUUCAAUUUUCGGUCCAAGCUGAAACAAUUCAGGAGUAUACUGUUCGCGAUCAUAAGAAUUACUAUGAUACUUGGAGAACCGCGAAUUUCUGUUCCUGAAUGCAAAACGCUUGAUCCGAAUUUGUUAGAGCACUUGGGCGCACGACAGAUACACAAUAGUACGCUCUCGCCUCUACUUCGUAUAUAAAUGUUAAGUACCCUUUGAUGCAAGAAAAGGCCACAGAAAUUACGUGCGUAGGUACGUGUCUGUCACGUAAUUCAAACUCGUUUCAAAAGAAAAAAAAAAAAAAAGAGAUAAAAUAUUAUCAAUCCUACGGUAACGUUGUAA